AUGUUAACUUUUAAAGUCAUUUUACCAGAUUAAUCAGAAGGUUCAUAUCAAAUAUCUAAAACUUCAAUGGUCAAAGAGUUUGUGUAAAUUAUAAAGGAAUAAAAUUCUGAUAAGGAUUGGCACAAAUAUGAAUUAGAGUUAUAUUUAUUUGAUUAGAUGCUCAAUUAAGAGGGAUCUGUUGAUAAAAUUAUAUGCAGCCCAUCAACUGAUUAUCUAACCUUAAAUGUAAGGAAGGGAGAAAGAAUUAAAAGAUUAUAAACAUUCUUUUCUGCUGCUUUGGUUAAAAUAUAAAAAAAAACUGAAGAUGACAUGAGUGGACUUUAAAGGGCUUUGAAAAAAAGUUCUACAAUACAAGAGUUACCAAAAUAAACAGAAAAAAAGAAUAUCAAAAGGUUUUUGUCAUUUUUUACAAGUGCUACUCUUAAAAUAGCUGAGAUUUCUAGAUAAAAAACUUAAAAUUUUACUGAAAAAGUUUAAUAAACAGAGAAAGGGAGACAAGACAUUUACAGUUAAGACCCAAGUAGAAUUAACUAAGAGGAAGAUCCAUUAAAAAAUAAUAAUGAUACUGUGUUAGGAUUAUUGGAAAAUUUAGAUAAGCCUAAUAACCAAAAUUUUCAUCAUAAACAUAACGAUACCUAAACAAAACCUAAAUCACUAAGUCCAGAGGCUAAGAAAUACUUAGAAAGGAAAAAGAAAGCAAUUGAAAAUUUGAAUGAUCCAAUUUAAUCUGCAAAAGCAAAACAGUUAGUUACUGAUUUAAAAAGGUAAAGAAAAGAAAUUGAAAACAGAAAGAAUAAACAAUUGCAUAAUGAAUCUGAUUAAUUAGAGGAAAGCAUUGAGAAAUAUAAGAUGGAAUUAGAAUAAUAGAAGGAAUUUCUUCAUUAGGAGAAGCGGAUGAAAAUUAAAGAAAGAUUAUUAGAGAUGUAGAAAUAGCAAGAAUUAUAGUAAUAAAGAAAUUAGGAGUAGAAACAUCUUCUUAAUGAAUUGAAAAAUAAAGAGAAGGAGAAAAAAAAACAAUUAGAAGAGAGAGAGGAACUCUUGAAAAAAUAGUAUUAUGAAGAUGCCAAGCUGAAACUGCAACAAAGGAAAAAAUUAGCCAUCCCUAUCAGACUGGAAGAAAUAAAUAAACAUGAAGAGGAUUACUUGAAUAAGAAACAGUUAUUAAAAUUGGAGAAGGAUUAGAAGAAAUUGGAAAGGGAGAUUGUAAUCCAAUAAGAAACCAAGUAAAUUUAUAAAGCUAAAUAAAUUUUAUAAAAAGUUAUGGAUUUGGAUUCGAAAUUCAAAAACAAAGAUAUUGUAGAUAAAUAAUAAAAAGCUGAAAGACUAAUGAGAAAGUAAAAAUACGCAGAAAUAGUUAAAGAGUAUCAUAAACCAAAUAUCAAGGUUUAAACAGAUAUUCAGUUUAGUAGAGCAGUACACAAUAGGUCUGAUAAUUCACUUUAAGAUGAAUAUGUUGAGUAUGUAAUUAAAACUAUACAUAGCUUUCUGAAAGAGGGGGAUGCAAAAUCAAGUGCCACAAAAUUGGACUCAAUUCGCAAUAAAUUCUAUAAAUAGGCACAAUCAGGAUCAGAAAGGAAUGUACAUAAAAUCUAGAACGUUUUAAAUGUAUAAAAAGUAAGUAAAACAAAAGUGACAGAAUCAUUGUAAAAGGGAUUUGUACCUAGUUCUUCAGUUUAUUACCAACCUAAACCAAUGAAGAGUGAGUUCUAGGAAGAACAAUAGAAGAAGAAGCCAAUAAACUAUUUAAAAGAAUUGGAAUAGGAACGGAUGAAUCACUAAGGAAAGUUAGUAAGCAGCAGUGUUCCACGAUUACAACAAGAUUAUCGAUCAAUUAUGGAGAGGGGAAAAAGGUAUGAAAAGGAGGCUUAGCGAAAAGAGCAUUAAGCUUAUUAUUUGAAUGAUGAGAGACUAAAGGAGGAGGCAGACGACUUAUUUUUGAAGAGUGUAUAAGAAAAAAUAAGAUUUUUGGAGAAGAUUUGA